AGACCAUAUGCUAGCAUGGAAGAGACAUGGCUUCUCCCUUUCUUUCCAGACCCAGACAUCGAUAGCCCCUUCAUCCCAGAGAAUGUGCGACUAGUAGACGGCCCGGGACGCUGCCAGGGUCGUGUGGAGGUGCUGCACCAGCUGGAGUGGAGCAGUGUGUGCAAAGCAGGCUGGAAUUUACAGGCUUCCAAGGUGGCGUGCAGGCAGCUGGGAUGUGGGCGGGCGCUACUGACCCACGCAUGUUGCAACAAGACGACUCAGGGCAAAGGGCCCAUCUGGGCGAGCCAGAUGUCGUGUGCUGGACAGGAAGCAAACCUUCGGGACUGCCCUUUUAGGUCUUUGGAGAAAAAUUGUACCCAUGAUGAGGACGCAUGGGUGGAAUGCGAAGAUCCCUUUGAGCUGAAGCUGGUAGGAGGAGACAACCCCUGCUCUGGGAGGUUGGAGGUGCUGCACCAGGGUACCUGGGGCUCUGUCUGUGAUGAUGGCUGGGGAGAGAAGGAGGACCAAGUGGUAUGCAAGCAACUGGGCUGUGGGAAGCCCCUUGUUCCAUCCUCCAAAGCCCGAAAAAGCUACGGACCUGGGGCCGGCCGUGUCUGGCUGGAUGAUGUCGUUUGCUCGGGGGAGGAGCAGUCCCUGGAGUCCUGCCGGCACAGGUUCUGGGGGUACCAUGACUGUACCCACAAGGAAGAUGUGGCGGUGAUCUGCUCAGAAAGUAUCCCAAGACUUUGAUGGAUAACCUGGAUCCCUGCCUUACCUGGAUCCCUGCUGCUUGCUCAGUUGGGCCCUGAUUCUUCAAGUGGUUAUAACCUGCCAUGGACUUUAGCCACCUCCGCUGAGCCUCUUAGGAGAGUGAACAAUGUGCUCAGAUCUUGAUCUCAGGGAUCCCCUCUCCCAUAAUCACCUCAAGAGAUGAGCUGCUGAGCUCCCUUGCUGAAGAAGUGCUUCCAGUUGCCCUGUGCUCACUGUUAACCCCUUGGUAUUGGUUCCAGUCUUCACUUUCUCUUCCCAGCCUAACCUGCAACUCUUGGGCCUGACGUGGGAUCAGUUGUACAGGCCAUGACUAAGGCCCAGCCUAUCUGUAAACAACACUGAGGAUAUGAUAACAAAAGGAGAGCAUGAAAGGGAAUGUGGGUAGACAGUAUUUUGGAGGUAGGGGAAAAAAACAGACUUCUUCGAAUGUUUUUUAAAUUUUAUAACAAGAGAAAUGACCAUAAUAAUAAUGCUUCACUACCCUGCCAUCUCUCAGAGAAAGUAGCAGAGCGGUUUCCUGCAGCCCUCAAAUGUUACUCCUUGAGUUCUAAAUGUCUACCCAAACCCAUAUGUUUGAGGUUUGCUGUGUGAUACAACAGUAUUUUGAGAUGGGGCCUUCGGGAUCUAACUGCAUCACGUGGUCGGAUCCCUCAGCCCUUUUUGAGCAGAUUACUCAUUGGUGAAUCCACUGGGAGGUGGUAGAAACUUCAGGAGGUGGGACCUAGUUAGAAGAAGGAGGUCAUUGGGAUGUGCCUUUGGAAGGGGAUAUUUUGUUCCCUGGUUGAUCCCCUGGCCGUGUUCAAGGGUUGGUUCUAUAUCUUGGCUAUUGUGAAUUAUGCUGCAAUAAAGAUGAGUGUGCAGGUAUUUCUUGA